UCUCCAACUAGUAAUACUGAGGAUUUGUAUUCAUAUCAAGGAGAAAAUGCGUGCUGGCAGUAAAGGCCAGUAAUGUUCUCAACAUAUUCUAUGGCAAUUUUUCUGAGUGAACGUGACUACUAGCAGAACGGACCAAUUAUUGCAAUUUGUAACAAAAUGCUGUGAAGGAAUACAAGCCAUUCCAGAAUAUCUCAUGCCAUUUACAGUUCGGAUUUAGACUGCCCAAGUUGACGUCGUCGUUACGUCGGGCACAUCAAUCUCUUGAGAAUUUUCACUUGGCAUCAAACCCUCAAUUUUUUGGUUGUUGCGACAAUGGAGGAAGUAGAUCCUGAACAUGAAGCACUUCGGCUGGAAAUUGACACAUUGAAAGAAAAGAUUAUCACGAAGCAAGCAGCGGUGAAGGACAAAUCUCUCUUCGAAAUUUGUUCCGCCGUCGGAGCCGCUCCCCGAGUCAAACUGUCCACGAAACGAAUCCUGCGGGGUCACAUCCAUAAAGUGAACGCCAUCGACUUUGCAGCAGAUAACAGGCAUCUAGUUUCUGGCUCGUUAGAUGGGAAGCUUAUAAUUUGGGACACGUGGAAUGGAAGCAAGGUGCAGAUUAUUCCACUCAAAUCGUCCUGGGUUCUGGCAGUUGAUUACGCAGCGUCUGGUUUAUUUAUCGCCUCUGGUGGAAUGGAUAACAUGGUCACGAUCUACAAUUUGAAAACCCGUGACCCUGAUGGAAAUGCCAGCAUUAUGCGAGAACUGGGCUUUGGAGGUUUCCUUAACUGUUGCAGAUUCAUCUCUGAUAAAAAACUGUUGACGGGAUCGGGUGACCUCAAAAUAACUAAUUGGGAUCUGGUCAAGGGACUUGCCACAAGUGAACUGUACGGUCACGCGGGAGACGUUGCAUCCCUGUCACUCAAUCCCUUGGACGAAAACACGUUUGUUACUGGUUCGCUAGACCAAACGGCUAAACUGUGGGAUUUACGGGUACAAGGGGCUUGUCAAACAUUCUGGGGACAUUCUGGAGAUAUUAACUGCGUUUCGUUUCAUCGAUCCGGUCUGGCGUUCACCACGGCUUCUGAAGACAACAGUGCCCGACUCUUUGACAUCCGGAGUGACCAAGAAGUUGCAAUGUAUGAACCACCCGAAUCCGAAGAUUCUGGUCUCACGUCAUGCGUUAUUAGUCAGAGUGGACGCUACAUCAUGGCAGGUCAUGCUGACUCUGGGAUUCAUAUUUGGGAUAUUUUGAAAGGCGACUUGGCAGGCACGUUAACUGGUCAUGAGAGCCGUGUGACGGCUUUAUCAAUCUCACCCAAUGGAAUUGCCAUAGCGUCCUCGUCCUGGGAUCAGAAUGUUCGACUCUGGAUGUAAAAUAACAUGUAUUCAUAUUCACAAUAAAUACUGAUGAAUAUAACUUCUGUGAACAAUUCUUCAAUUAUGUAUGAACAGAAAGCAGAUGUGAAUUUUGAAAUCAAAAUAUUAUCGUAGGGUCAGGUACUAUUGUAAAAUUUAUCGUAUAAAAGCGUAAAUAGGGGCAGAAAUAUUCUACUGACUUGAUUAUUCCAUAGCAGGUUACAUACAUUUAAUAACCACAAUGCUACGCUCUGUCUCAAAAUGAAGAGAUAGUUUUAUAAAAUUCUACUAUUUCUUAAUAGCUUGGCCCUGGAGCCCAAAGUUUUAUUAUAUUAUAGCUCAGGUAUUGCUACAAGUUCAUGCCGAGUUUCAUUGACAUUUGACUUAAAUCAAGAACUUUAUCUGCAAUCUUAAAAAAUUAGUCAAAUUCGACUGUCUCAAAAGUAAGAGAUAGGGCAUUUUUAUGAAAUUUAAUUA